UAGAGAUGAGAGACUUUGGCUUGAGUUCAUCUCUUCUCUUGUUUCUCAUCAAUCUCUUGCUUCCUUUUGCUCCUCUCUUCUUCUUCUUCUUCUCCUUCUCCUUCUCCUUCUUCCCCUUCUUGUUCGCUUUCAUUAAAAUCUCUAUCUCUCUUUCUUCACUUGAAGAUAUCCUAAUUCCACUUUGCAAGUUUUCUUUCUCCUCUUAGUAUUGCUUGCUUGUUUCUUUGGCAUGCUUGGGUUUGUGACUCUCUUAUGGUGAUGUUUGAGUAAAUAGAUAAAAGAGAGAAGAAGAGCUUUCAAGUGAUACCAAAAAGCUGCUGCCUUUUUUCCAUCAUCCACAGAGGAAGAGAGAGAUAGAGAAAGAGGGGAAAAAAAGGCUUUCUUUUUAGUUCCUUUGAGCUCUUUGUCCUCCUUCUGUCUUUCCUCUGUGAUCAAAUAAAUAAAUGGGAGAUCAUUUUGUGUUGUUGGUUGAUCGGUUGCUGACUGAGCAAACAUUGGAAGCUGCCAUCCAAAGCCGAAACCAGGCGAAGAUGGAGCCCUGGCUCGAUGCCUUUGUCGGACUCUGAGUCUGAGUUUAAUCAUCAGAAGAAGAAGAAGGACAAAGAUAAGAAUGGAGAUGAAGGCUUUUCCACUGGCAAAUUGGUCGAGUGCCGAAUAUGCCAGGAUGAAGAUGAGGACUCUAACAUGGAGACCCCAUGCUCUUGCUGUGGCAGCUUGAAGUAUGCUCAUCGUAAAUGUGUUCAAAGGUGGUGUAAUGAGAAAGGGGACACAGUGUGUGAGAUAUGCCUUCAGCAAUUCAAGCCUGGUUAUACAGCUCCUCCCCAGUUGUUUCACUAUGGAGGUAUUCCAAUGAACUUCAGGGGAAAUUGGGAGGUGUCUCGGCGUGAUAUCAACAAUCAUCGAUUUAUAACAAUGGUUCCAACUGCUCGUGAUCUUGUUGAUUCUGACGAUGAUGACUAUUCAGUUUCAUCCACUAGAAACAUGAUGUACUGUCGAACCGUGGCAAUAGUUUUCAUGGUUCUCUUGGUUCUCCGUCAUACUCUUCCAAUAAUUCUCACCGGAGUCGAGCAGUACUCCUUGACUCUAUUCACUUUACUGCUUCUGAGGACCGCCGGCAUUGUCCUUCCUCUGUAUGUAAUGCUCAAAGCAGUGACAACAUUUCAUCGUCGGCGCAUCCAGCAGGCAGCACAAGAACCAGCAAUUCCCGCGUCCAACGAAGCGACAACACGGGCACAAGCAUCGCAAACAAUGCCGACUGAAAUGCACAUGAUUCAUGUUCACUAACAAGUUGCGGCGAUGUACUUGUCGCUGCAAAAACUGCAGAAAUUUCAUCCACUGAAGCUUCAAAUGGGAGUUUAUUAGUGACAGUAAUAUUUCGACACUCGGUUUUCGUAUUUCAUUGUACAUAUGAACUCAUACUGUGAAGAGACUUCGAAUGAUGAUCAUGCCACUCUCUUCAAAUGUAUGAAAGAUGAAGUGGUAAUGUAUAUUGUUUAUGAAGGAAAAAAAAAGAAAAGAAAAGAAAAAAAAGAAGAAAAAAAAAA